UGGCGGAAGCACAGGGCGGGAAGGAGAAGCUACCCUAGAGCGUGCGACCUCGCUUGUGGUGUGGCUGUUGCUUCCGGGUUGUGCUCCCGGAAGCAAGAAAUUGGCCCAUCCUCCACGCCCGGCGGCAGAUGUCCCCGAGGCGGGAGGAGCCCGAGGGGGCGAGGGCCCGCAUUGCUGGGAAUCAAACCCAGAGCCUUUCACAUGUUGGGGAUUUUGUAUUGGAAGACAUGGAUCUUGCUGCUAAUGAGCUCAGCAUUUAUGACAAACUUUCAGAGACUGUUGAUUUGGUGAGACAGACAGGCCAUCAAUGUGGCAUGUCAGAGAAGGCAAUUGAAAAAUUUAUCAGACAGCUGCUGGAAAAGAAUGAACCUCAGAGGGGGCCACCCCAGUAUCCUCUCCUUAUAGCUGUGUAUAAGGUCCUUGUAACUCUGGGAUUAAUCUUGCUCACUGCCUACUUUGUGAUUCAACCUUUCAGCCCAUUAGCACCAGAACCAGUGCUUUCUGGUGCUCAUACCUGGCGCUCACUCAUCCAUCACAUUCGGCUGAUGUCCUUGCCCAUUACCAAGAAAUAUAUGCCAGAAAAUAAGGGAGUUUCUCUGCRUGGGGGUGAUGAAGACAGACCCUUUCCAGAUUUUGACCCCUGGUGGACAAAUGACUGUGAGCAGAAUGAGUCAGAUCUCAUCCCUCCCAACUGCACUGGCUGUGCUCAGAAAUUACCCCUCAAGGUAAUACUCCUGGAAGAUACCCCCAAGGAGUUCGAGAGACUCCAUCCUCUGGUGAUCAAGUCUGGACAGCCCCUAUUGUCUGAGGAGAUUCAACAUUUUUUGUGCCAGUAUCCUGAGAUGACAGAAGGCUUCACUGAAGGGUUUUUUGCCAAGUGGUGGCGUUGCUUUCCUGAGCRGUGGUUCCCCUUUCCUUAUCCAUGGAGAAGACCUCUGAAUAGGUCACAAAUUUUACGGGAGCUUUUUCCUGUUUUUAUCCACCUGCCAUUUCCAAAAGAUGCCUCCUUAAAAAAGUGCUUCCUUCUUCACCCGGAACCUGUUGUGGGGAGCAAGAUGCAUACGGUGCAUGACCUAUUUACCAUUGGCAGCGGUGAGGCCAUGUUGCAGCUCAUCCCUCCCUUCCAGUGCCGAAGACACUGUCAGUCUGUGGCCAUGCCACUAGAGCCAGGGGAUAUCGGCUAUGCUGGUGCCACUCACUGGAAGGUCAACAUUAUAGCCAGAGGGGUGCAGCCUUUGGUCGUCUGUGAUGGAACCACUCUUUCAGAACUAUAAGAAAYAGAACUAUAUACAGGAACAGCUCUGAGAGCUGAAAGUGGGGGGAAUAAAAACAAAAACGAUGAAACCACUUUCCAGGGGCUGGUUGCUUAGUUCCCGGCCCUUUGCAUGCACAUGCUAGUCACUGCUGUGCUGGAGACCAAGGCSAGGGCCUGACUUUCUGGACUCACYCAGAUGGCUUAGGAAGGACUCUAGCCUGGCUUCUUGGCCUGGACUUUGCCAGCACCCAUCUGUGAGAGACUGGCUUUUCCAGGCCUGGAGGCUCCCUCACAGGCAGGAAGUAGGGCUGCUGCCUCCCUCCAUUUGUGUGGACACGGUCCCCUCUGCUGGCUCCGGGCAAUGGAGAGGGCAGCCARUGGGUCCUGACGUCAGAGCCAUUCUUCACCAGGUGGGCCUGCUCAUCUGCUGACUGCCCGGCUACGUUAGCCUGAACAUCUUUUGGAAAGCCUUGGCUGAUUAAAGAAAUUGCUGCAGUUUCUCAAGCAAAAUAGAAUUUAGAACCAAUGAAACAUUGGUUACAUUUACGAAGAGCAUCUCUCUCCCAGUCUGCAUGGAUCUGGACGUCUCAGGGGUGCCAGGCUGCACUAUGAUUAAAAUUCCAAAUGAGUAUUCCUAAGGUGAUACUUUUCUCCAUUUUAUCAGGUUGUUAUCCUAYCCCACCUUGCCCAUCUGGAUGGUUUCUCAGAAGUUGGGCUCCUAGUCCCCUCCCUUGGCUGGGCCAGAGCCCUUCCUGCUGAUGCAGCACUGCCCCUGUUGAUUGUUGCUUUUACCAAGUGUCUUCAGAGGGGAAUGAGUUAGAGUCGCUGGCCUGGGAGAGGGUGCCUCCCUGGGUUUGAUCUUUAGGAUCUGACUUUGUACAGAGAUGUUUUGCAGAUGCGUCAAAGCUGAUGUUGUAAUGUGGUCGGGGAAGGAACUCGAGACCCAAAGUGUUUGCCAGCUGGGCUGCAACUGAUUUUGUGAUCCUUGGUCCUAAAAUGAGCUCCCUUUGUACUGGGAGACAAGGUGAGAUGUUAUUUUUUGUAAUGCUAUAAAGCUGUGUUCUCAUUGGA